AUGUCUCCAUCAUGGAUCUGUUCCCAGUGUCUGCGAGCUCUGCGGCCGCGACGGCCUGCGGGAAGUCAGCGCCGACUCCAGAGCAGCGCGACGGCUUCAGUCAGCAGUAGCAUAUCGCCCGCACUGCUCAGUCGAGCCAGAGCAGUAGCCGUAGAACAUCAAACACUGACGCAAAAGCUCAGUGACGACUACGAUGCGAGAGCUGCCAAACGUAUCGCCGAGAUCUCGAAGACCGCGACGGCCAUCAAGGCGUACGACAAGGCGCAGUCGUCGCUAGAGGAGCUCCGGUCUCUUCUCCAAUCUUCUGAUCAGGAGCUGCGAGUGCUCGCAGAGGACGAUGUCGAGCCCACCCAUCAGGCAAUUCAAGCCGCUGUGGCGGACUUGAAGACCAGUUUGAUACCUGUACAUCCAUUCGCGCACCUGCCAUGUCUGGUUGAAAUCCGGCCUGGAGCUGGCGGUGAUGAGGCUGGCCUGUUUGCGGGAGAUUUGCUCCGUAUGUACGAAGCGUAUUGCGCUCGUGUGGGACUGCGCACAUCGCUUCUCAAGUAUGAAACGGGCGAGGAGGUGGGUGGGAACGCAGGGACACAUCUGCAAGAAGCUGUCCUCGAGGUGGACUCACCCGGCGCAUACGGUGUUCUGCGCUGCGAAGCAGGUGUGCAUCGUGUCCAACGUAUUCCCGCCACCGAGACGAAGGGCCGCACGCAUACUUCGGCCGCUAGCGUACUGGUCCUGCCGUCUGUGUCGAACGAGAGUAGUGGGGACAUGGACGAAGAGUCGUUCAACGAUCCCAAGAGCGAUUACUAUGUCAACCCCUCUGACGUUAAGACGGAUGUGAUGCGCGCUAGUGGUGCUGGAGGCCAGCAUGUGAACAAAACCGAAUCUGCCGUCCGUCUCACUCACCUGCCUACGAACACCGUUGUCGCUGUUCAAGAGUCGCGCUCUCAGCACGACAAUCGCGAGAAGGCCUGGCGCAUCCUUCGCUCGCGUAUUGCGCAGGUCAAGAGGGAAGAAAGAGAAGAGGAGCUAAUCAAAUUGCGACGAAACGCUGGUGCUGGCAAGGUUGGGCGAGAAAACAAGGUUCGGACAUACAACUGGUCGCAGCAAAGGGUCAGCGACCAUCGCACUGGCUUCGACCUGAGAAAUCUGGAAGACGUCAUGGAGGGCGGCGAGGCCCUGGAGAAGAUCAUGGACAGCGUAAGAGCAUGGAUGGCCGAACAGGAAGUUCUAGGAAUGAUUGCGGAGGAGGAGGAAAAGGCAAAACAAAAAGACCGACGCAAGAAAUGA